UGGUCAAAACAAGAGAAAGACCGGUUCUUCUCCCAAGUUAAGCAUUUCUUUUGGGAAGAUCCGGAAUUGUUCAAGUAUUGGCCGGAUCAAAUCAUCCGGAGAUGCGUUCCCGACAAUGAAACCACAAGUGUCUUAAAUUUCUGCCACACUCUUGCUUGUGGGGAACACUUUAGUGCCAAAAAGACCGCUGACAAAGUCCUUCAAAGUGGAUUUUAUUGGCCAUCCUUGUUUCGGGAUGCUUACAAUUUCUAUAAAUCUUGUGAGCGUUGUCAAAAGCUCAAAUCCAUAUCUAGGAGAGACAUGAUGCCCCUCACUCCCAUCCUAAUUAUUAAAAUUUUUGAUGUGUGGGGGAUCGACUUCAUGGGACCAUUUCCAUCUUCUUAUGGCUAUAAGUAUAUCCUUGUAGCGGUGGAUUAUGUUUCUAAGUGGGUUGAAGCCGAGGCUACCAAACCCAAUGAUCAUAAAGUUGUGAUCAAAUUCAUUCAAUCCAAUAUGUUUAGUUAUUUUGGUACACCCCGAGCAAUCAUCAGUGACGGUGGAUCUCAUUUCCGAAAUCGUUAUUUUAAAUCCGUCCUCUCCAAGUACUCCAUCAUUCAUAAAGUUGCCACACCUUACCAUCCUCAAACGAGUGAGUGCCCCAAUGAUCUUUUGGAUAUUAUGGGUUAUCCAUUGUACGAGCCAAGUGAUGAUCUGACUGUAGAGCAAGUUGUUGCCGCCAUUUGCAAUGUUGCUGACCCUCAUCGACCCCGCAGUUACACUCUCAAAUCCACUCUCCCCAAGCAGGCUUCAUCAUUCCUCCCCGUGAAGAGAAGGACAAAAAAGAUUCAGGCUUUUUCUAUCAAGCGAUGGAAUAAUGUGCUCGGCCAUCUCCCACCCAAUCCAGCCAUUGCUACUCUGCCACCACGAGAACCAUCUCCUCCCAUCCAAGAGGAUGAUCCUAUAGCCGAAGAUUUUGAUUGGGAGGAGCCACCUGUUGCACCUCAGCAUGAUCAUGCUUUUAUUCGGGCUAGCAUUGUUGGUAUCCAUGCUCGGAUGGAUAACUUUGAAAGUGCCCUAGCUGACUAUAAUAGGGCUGUGCAGGAAGAUUACCUUGUUGCAGUAGAGGACCGUCUUGUUGCUGCAGAGGACCGUCUUGCUGCGGCGGAGGAGCGUCGGGUGGCUCAAGCCGAGAUGAGUGAAACUCGAUCCCUCCUCACUACACUCCUUACCCGUCUUCCUCCUGCCCUUAGCUAG